GCAGAUGAACGCUCUCACAGACAGCGGCGCGGCCGGGCGCCCGGCAUGUCCCCUGAGUGUGCGCAGACGACGGGCCCUGGCCCCUCGCGCACCCCGGACCAAGUCAAUCGCACCCACUUCCCUUUCUUCUCGGAUGUCAAGGGCGACCACCGGCUGGUGCUGAGCGUCCUGGAGACCACCGUUCUGGGACUCAUCUUUGUGGUCUCACUGCUGGGCAACGUGUGUGCCCUGGUGCUGGUGGUGCGCCGUCGGCGCCGUGGGGCGACAGUCAGCUUGGUGCUCAACCUCUUCUGCGCGGAUUUGCUCUUCACCAGCGCCAUCCCUCUAGUGCUCGUGGUGCGCUGGACUGAAGCCUGGCUGCUGGGGCCCGUCGUCUGUCACCUGCUCUUCUACGUGAUGACCAUGAGCGGCAGCGUCACGAUCCUCACGCUGGCCGCGGUCAGCCUGGAGCGCAUGGUGUGCAUCGUGCGCCUGCGGCGCGGCUUGAGCGGCCCGGGGCGGCGGACGCAGGCGGCGCUGCUGGCUUUCAUAUGGGGUUACUCGGCGCUCGCCGCGCUGCCCCUCUGCAUCUUGUUCCGCGUGGUCCCGCAGCGCCUUCCCGGCGGGGACCAGGAAAUUCCGAUUUGCACAUUGGAUUGGCCCAACCGCAUAGGAGAAAUCUCAUGGGAUGUGUUUUUUGUGACUUUGAACUUCCUGGUACCAGGACUGGUCAUUGUGAUCAGCUACUCCAAGAUUUUACAGAUCACGAAAGCCUCGCGGAAGAGGCUUACGCUGAGCUUGGCAUACUCCGAGAGCCACCAGAUCCGAGUGUCCCAGCAGGACUACCGGCUCUUCCGAACGCUCUUCCUGCUCAUGGUUUCCUUCUUCAUCAUGUGGAGUCCCAUCAUCAUCACCAUCCUCCUCAUCUUGAUCCAGAACUUCCGGCAGGACCUGGUUAUCUGGCCGUCCCUUUUCUUCUGGGUGGUGGCCUUCACGUUUGCCAACUCCGCCCUAAACCCCAUUCUGUACAACAUGUCGCUGUUCAGGAGCGAGUGGAGGAAGAUUUUUUGCUGCUUCUUUUUCCCAGAGAAGGGAGCCAUUUUUACAGAAACGUCUAUCAGGCGAAAUGACUUGUCUGUUAUUUCCACCUAACUGCUGGUGCCAGGUAAACCAUGGUGUGCAUGUAAAGGGAGUUAAACACCAGGAAAAGCCCACCAGGGUACCCUGAUUAAAAAAUGUUCAACUUCCAACAGUGCGCAUCUACAGGACCAGCAAAUUAAGGAACGAUCGCUCAGUAUAAAAAAUAUUUUUCCUUAAAAGAACUUUCUAUGGGUUCCUUUUGUGAACUCUUAUUUAGUGUGUUUGUAUUAUGAUCAAGUUAAUAAAUUUUUAUUUAUCGCUGUUCCUAC